GUAAUAUUGGAGAUGAAACCUGAUGGGGUGGCCACAUCACCAUCUGAACCAAUGGAAACUGAAGGAACAGAACCCGUAACGCAUCCAACCAGCAGUGACGGGGGAUCUCAAAAUGGCACUACAUCAUCACCUCCACAACCUGAUGAACCCCAAAUUGAGCAAGCAGCUCCUCCAACCGUGAAGGAAGCUCCUGGGAAAGCAGUAGAUGCUAAAAGCAAAUCCAAAGGCCCAGUCAAAGACAAGACUACAGCACCAGGCCCGGCUACCACUGGACCAGGCACACGACCCAAAGCAAGCCAAAGCCGUGCGGCUAAUGGCCUCACAAAGACUGCAGCGAGUACUCUAACCAAGAAACCCAUUCCAGUGGCCACUACUGCAGCAGACAAGAAAAAAACCACCACUAAUGUUGGACAAUCUGGUCCCAGUAAGAAACCUAUUGGCUCUUCUACUGCUGUUGCUACCUCAAGGGCCCAACCUAAAGUAACUACUGUUGGAACUAGCAGAUCCAUGACAACAACUGUAACCAGCGGAACAAAGACCGGGACAGCUGUCGCCACAGCCACCAGCCUGAGUAGAAGACCUGCCACUAGUGCUGCAACCAAACCCAAAACCACAGCUCCAGCUCCAAGGCCAGCUGCUGCCCCUGCUGCCAAACCCAGCACUUCAGCCACAGCCAAAACCACUGCAGUUCCCAAAACUAACAGGGCAACUGGAAGUCCUGCCCCACGACCAGCUGCUAUAUCUGCUACAGGAAGAACGGUAACCAGUACAACUACUUCUACUUCUACAGUAACUAAAACAAGCCGCACUGCUACACAACAGCCUGUUAAACCCUUGGUUACAGCAUCAGCUGCUCGGAAAGAUGUUGGCAAAACGAGCACUACAGUGCCUGCAAAAAGAACAGUUGCCUCAUUUUCUCGUCCUGCUUCCAACAAGCCUUCAAAUUCAGAAGCUCCAAAACCAGCUGCAGUUACCAAACGACCUCCACCUGGCAUCAAAGCACCUCAACCCAAACCAGAUGACAAAAAAAGUGUACCAACACGUAAGGUGCCCCCUAGUCCACGAAACAAUCCCUCACGGCCAGCAUCAGGCAAGAAUGCUGCAGCAUCUCCUAAUCGUAGACCUGCAGGUAGUGGGGUUGGUGUGAAGCUUCAGCCAUCUAAACCAACACAGUCUGUUUUGCCACUUGUCAAAGGAAAGCCCGAUGAUAAACAAUCUGCAGCAAAGCCUGAUGUUAAAGAAGCUGCAGCAGAGUCCGUGCAACUUUCAGCAGCUGCAGAAGCUACUGUUGCUGUAGCAACAGCUGCUGCCAUAGCCAGGGAAGAGUCUGUUUCAGGGCCUGAAGUUACUCCAACUGUCGAGAGCUCUCUGGAUGCACCAACCUCCUCUUUAGAUGUGCAGGAAAAUGUAGAUGUGCAGGUCCCUAAUGUAAACUCCCAAAGUGUGCUGGAUGUUUCUAAAACAGAGCCCGAGGCUCUAGAGGCCUUAAUAGAAACUAGUCCUGCUGAAGUUGCUUGUCCGACAUCAUCUGCGGUCGAUCAUGAAUCUGAAGAGCAUGUGUCUGAAAAAGUUGAUGAAAAGCUUAUUAUAGCUGUGGAACCAAUUGCGCAGGAAGCAACUGAGCAGGAAACCAUGACUGCUUCACCAGUUAAUAACUCUGUUGCUACUAUACUGUCCUCAGGUGUUGAGGUGGCUGAAAAAGCUGAAGCGAUUAACAGUGACUGUUAUGAAGCAGUGGAAGAAGAAGAGAGAGAAGGCAGUCAGCAAGUAUCUUUGUCAGAAAUGAGUGGCACCCAGCCUACCGAAGAGUCUCGACCUGGGUCAGCUGGACUUGCUGGGUCUGUUUGGCGUGCAGGGGCCUUGCUUUCGGAGCUUGACUCUGAGGAGGUGAGUUGCAGCCAGCAGGGAGCAUCAGAGCUCAGCGCUCCAGGUGUCCUGGAGGGCACGGAAAGCUUGGAUGAUCUAGGUGAUGCAAGCCUUAAAGGAGCUGAUGGUGAAGGUGCAUCUGUUGGGUCCCCUGACUUUGAGAAGGUUCCUGAUAUUCUUGCUAACGAAGAUGACGAUGAUGACUAUGAUGAUCGAGUUUGUGACAUGGAGGUAGGGUCAGAAAGAGCAGAGGACUCUCAUAGGCAACAUCAUGACAAUGAGGACGAUGAAGAGGAUGAAGAUGUAGAAAUGGCAAGUGAGGGCAUUACUGAGAGUGGGCUUGAAAGUUAUGGGAAUGCAGAUGAGGAUGACUUGACCGAAGACUACAGAUUAGACAACUUGAACCGAAUCCAGCCUCCUCCCAUGGCUCCCUCUGCCCCCCUGGCAACCCAGUGGAAUCAGUCUAGUUACUUUGCUGAUGCCUGGGCCCAGCCACCACAACCUGCCUCUACUCUUAUCUCAAGUCCUUCCUCUGAAUGUUGGCAAGCAGACCCAGAGACCCCAACACAAACACCUGCUCAAGCAAAACUUGAUGUUAGUUCUGAAAGAGGCUCUUCCUCCCCUCUACCACCAAACCUUUAUGAUCCUCCAACUUGCUCACCUCAACAAGCACCACUAACUGCUUCAGAUGGAGAUGUUAGCCCCCAACCAGGCUUGACACCCUCUCAAACCUGCAAAUUCCAGUCUGGUACCUCCAGUCACCCUGACUUAGCAUCUGAUAGUAACAGAGACACAAGUAUACCAGCAGAGGUGGAAGAUUGCAACAAGUUCUCCGAUACUGAAACUCAUUCUAAAGGGGAGCUGCAGCCAGAACCGCUGGACCCUGUCCCCACUGUCCUGCCUGACAUCAUGCAGGACCUAGGCAUCCACCUUGAACAUGAUGAUGAGGAAGAAGAACCAGAAACUCUGCCAGCUGAUGAUGUAUUGGGUGGUCCAGCAACUGCUCCAUCAUCUCCUUCAUCAGCUACAGAGGAUGAGGCAAGUGACACGGAAGGUGAAAUGCAGAUCGGUGAACCUCAAGCUGAGCUACCUGGCACUGGGAAUGCCUAUGAAACUGCACCUGUGGGCCACAAUGUGUCCAGUCUGGAGGAGCGUGAAGAAAUGGGCGGUGAGAAUGAAGCUGGUGGUGGUAGUGAAACCCCUCAGUCUGCCACUUCUGCUGCAUCCUAUGGUUUUGACUACAUGACCUCUAACUCCAAUGCCCAAUCAUCUGCUGAGAGUUGCAGCAAGAGUCCUGGCAUCUUUUCUCUUGAAAACGAAGAGCAGCUCCCAGAUGAGGCCAAGGAUCCAUCUCUUCUUAAAGAGUUGAUCCUGAUACCUACUACUGCAUCCGGGGAAAAGAUUGAUCAUAUCAAAAGCCAACAUGGGGAGUUCCGGUCCUACCCAGAGCAACAUUACAUGCUUUGUGGAGAGUCCAGUGAGUUGCCUGAGCCUGAUUCAGUACCAAGAGUUGUACCCUUACAGUCAGGUUUGACUGACCCUUCAUCCCCACAGCACCAAGAAGAGCAAGAUAUUAACGCUCAGCAUCCCUACUACUCCACUAUAUGCGAAAAGACUGAUAGUCCCCUGGCAGAAAGGAACUUAAGCUUUCCGCCACAACCAAAUGACUUGCUUUCCAUCCAAAUGACGAUGUCGUCCAAACUUCGUCUUCGGCCACGUGCUGCCCAUGUGACCCAACCACCACGGCUUCCCACUGACCUCCCACCCAGAAUACCAAAUGCAGUGACAAACACACAACUCCGAUGUCUAGAGCAACACCAACAGCACCUUCAUGAGAUCCAGCAACGACAGGAGAAACGUAAUCGAGAGCAAGAGAGACUAGAAGCGAGAGAGGAAGAACAAGUGAGGAAUGAAAGGGAGCAGCAGGAGGAGGAACAGAGGAGAAAUUUACUUGAGUUGCAACUUAAGCAGCAGGAACAAGAACUGAAGCAGCGACACCAGAUCAUGCAGUGGCAACAAGAACUUGAGCAGCAGCAGCAGCAAAAACACAAGGUGCAUACACCAGUCGUCCUCUCUCCUUCAUCAGGACUCUCCACCAUCUAUGAAACUGUGGAAGCAAGUGACACAGAAGAUGAACGGGAGGAGGGGGGACAAAGAGUGUUUGAGGAAGUAGAAGAUAAAAGCUCUUUUAAUGCGUGUCAUGGAGAAGACGUACAGAGAUGCACUGAAAAAAAUGACUCUGAUGAUCUUUAUUCACAAUACUCAACACCUUCCCCAGAGUCUACUACUCAGGAUCCACAGCGAGAACUUCAGGAGACGGACCCUGCAUCACAUCAAGACAGUCCUUCUCCCUUGGGAUUUCCCGAGCAACCUCCACCUUUGGAGUUUGACUGGGGCAAGAAGGUGGACAUUGUUCAUCAGCUCAUCCAUCAGACAUUACUGCUUACAGGUGAUGGUUGCUCGCCCCUUUUUCUGCUCCCCGGAGGAGCAGGUGGGACACUCAGCCCCCUCGAAAGCAGCCUGUGGCCCAACUUGUUGCCACCUUUGACACCCCCUUCAGCCACUGUGACGUCUGUGAGCAGCUUCUCACCUGAGGUUCCAGGCAGCUCUGCUCAAGGUGAGUGGACCGUUGUAGAGCUGGAGACGCAUCACUGAGGAAAGUUCAAUAAAAAGCUUCCCAAAAAUAUGAACUCAAAGAAUUUAAGAUGAA